CUGCAGCCGGAGCCGCCGCCACCGCCGCGAGCUCGAUGGGCUUCUCCUUCCCGCAGCCCAGUGUCUGGCCGUGUCCAGGGAGCAGUGGCUCCUGGUGCCGAGGAGCCAUCGCCGCAGCCCGAGGCCCGGUCCCGGGUUGGGGACUGCAGGAGGAGGCGACGGCGGCAGUGGCGGGAGCCCAAUUGGGGGCCUGGGACUGGGGAACUCCCUCCAGCUUCACGCUAUUCUUUCAGAUCCCUCCAGGCACUUUUGCUUUUAGUCCGUAAAAAAGCCAAUCUCUUGCCUCGGUGAUGUCACAGUGGCUGCAUGUCUACACAUGGUACAAUAUGGGGCCAGGUGCCAUUCUCAAUACCCUCAGAUGCCAGUAUGGACAGAAUAGCUUAUGAUGCUUAUCCCCACCCACCACUUCCGAAACAUUGAACGAAAACCAGAAUACCUCCAGCCGGAGAAGUGCAUCCCACCUCCCUACCCUGGGCCUAUGGGAACAAUGUGGUUUAUCCGCGACGGCUGUGGCAUCGCCUGUGCCAUCGUCACCUGGUUUCUGGUCCUCUAUGCAGAGUUUGUGGUUCUCUUUGUCAUGCUGAUUCCAUCCCGGGACUACGUGUACAGCAUCAUAAAUGGAAUUAUGUUCAACCUGCUGGCCUUCUUGGCCCUGGCUUCCCACUGCCGGGCCAUGCUGACGGACCCCGGGGCUGUGCCCAAAGGAAAUGCCACUAAAGAAUUCAUCGAGAGUUUACAGUUGAAGCCUGGGCAGGUGGUUUACAAGUGUCCCAAAUGCUGCAGCAUCAAGCCCGACCGAGCCCACCACUGCAGUGUUUGUAAGCGGUGCAUUCGCAAGAUGGACCACCACUGUCCCUGGGUCAACAACUGUGUUGGCGAAAACAACCAGAAGUACUUCGUCCUGUUUACAAUGUACAUAGCUCUCAUUUCCUUGCACGCCCUCAUCAUGGUGGGAUUCCACUUCCUGCAUUGCUUUGAAGAAGACUGGACAAAGUGUAGCUCCUUCUCUCCACCCACCACGGUGAUCCUUCUCAUCCUGCUGUGCUUCGAGGGGCUGCUCUUCCUCAUUUUCACAUCCGUGAUGUUUGGGACCCAAGUGCACUCCAUCUGCACAGAUGAGACGGGUAUUGAACGCCUCCAGCGAAAGAAUCAGCCCAGGCAGCACACGUGCAGCUGGCACUCGGUGGAAGACACCUUAGGUGGGGGCUUUUCCCUGAACUGGUUCAACCCCUUCUCCAGGCCGUGUCAACCACAGAUCCCCAUUGAAAAGGACUUGGUGCGGCAUGUGGAAUCGCUGUCGGACAUCAACGCAACUGAAACAAUGGAGGAGCAAUCAGAGGACACAAAGGACGGGGACUCUGUGGAGGUGACAGAUGAAUAGAUGGUGCUGGGGGGUAAGAACCAAUACUAAAAAGUGGCUACCAACCUUUGUACUGGGGUUUUGGCUAAAGGGGCUCAUGGGCGUGAUACUCUUCCCAGCACCUGCUGACGCUUCCCUCAGGCCACUCACUUGGCACUGCCAACCCCUGUAAGCCCCACCUCCUCCCUCUCUUCAUUUUGGGCCAGGUUUGAGGGUAGGGGGGUGGACUGGCGACAGCAGAGGAGGAUUGGGGGACUUUCUCUGAGUUCACCUAAGUAGAGUCUGCCCUGAGAGUGAUCUCAGGAACCAUCCUCCAAGACUGGGAGGCUUUCACAGCCUCUGCCCAGCAGAGCAGCUCUGAACAAGGCAGCCCAGGGACAGAAAAGAGCCUGCCUUUCGCUUCUUUUGGGGAGGUUAAGGCCCUGGCUCCUUCGAUUGUGAGAAGUAAGGCCAUGAUUUCGUGAUGAAAGGACAGGGCAGGGCUGGCCUUGGGGACCUUGGUGGGACACUGACAUGAGGGGAGACCAACUUAGAAAGGCUGCAAAGAUCCCAGCCAUUCCCUAGAGAGGGCUUUCCCCUGCUGUCUGCCUAAAUUAAGAGAAGGGCAUGGCUGCCACAUCUACCUUCAAGGGGUCAGGCUUGGUUUGAGAGAGAAUCUCGACCCUAGGCUAUACACAUGUAUGCGACAUGCCUAGGAGGGACAUGAGCCUAAAUUAUGACAGUAGCCCCCAAAAUUAGCUUCUAUUACACUUCCGUAGACACUAGAAUCUUCACUGAGUCAGACAGCUUGGAGCUGUCCUGCCUUGUGGCUACAAACUUAUUCAUUCAUCAGUAGGAACAGGACCUAUUUAGAGCUACUGGGGACUCUCUAACCUCACCAUUGAGAACUUAAUUUAACUUUCCCUCCUGGACAUAUGGGCAGAAUUGACCAGAAAUCCUGCCUGUGUGUUUUAGGCCAGUUCAGCCAAGAUGGUGCCCAUCUUGUCUCUUUGAAAGGAUGGGUGAUGGUCAGGGCCUGCAGAUUGAUAAGCCAGGAAGACAGACAGACACACACACUUCUACCAGGGUGAGCCCAGACCCUAGUCACCCCAUUGGAAGCCUGGGUGACCAUCACUAAAGGUCUGAACAGGGAACAGUGCUGGUGCUCCUAAGCCAUUCCCAUGGUUGCUGAUGCAGCAUCUCGUGCACAAAGUCCAGCAGAAGGGUUCACAUCCCAAUUUGGUAUAAGAAAUGCAUUUCCCACCCUCAAUCCUGGCUUAGGCCAUUGUUCUUCUCUGUGGCCCAUGUUCCCAGUUUUGGCUGGCACCAGCACUGGCAGAGGGCACAGGCACUAGCAGAGCCUGCCCAUGCAGGGUCUCUGUGUAGGGCCCCUCUCCCAACUCCAGGCAAAAGGGCUUCCGUCCUGGCCCAGAGGGGCCUGUGGCCCCAGUGCUUGGAGGUACUGCCGUGGGAUGCAGAGAAAUGAAAGCCAUGGUGACCGUGAGAAAGAAAGGAGAGCCAGGCAGUGGCCUAGUUCCUGGAUAACAUUCUAGGGCAUUCCAUGAAGAGCAAUGAUUCUGUCAGAGACAGACCCUCUGUCUACAACUGAUGAUCCACCAAGGUCUGGGGUUAAUUGCUCAGAGGGGACAACGUUCACAAAGCCACCUCUGUCCUAACCUGGCUCAGAGCUCUCCGAUUAUGUCCCCCAAGAGGGGUGAUGGCAGGACUCUAGUGUUAACAGAGCCACCAGAAAGGCAUGGAGCCAUCCACACUCAGGCCGCAGGCCUAUUUUCUGGGUCUGUAUCAGCUUUAAUAUUUAUUAAUGAUGAUGUAAAGAGUCCAAGUUGGCUCUGAAGCCAGUUAACUCAUAAUCUGGGCAGAGAGUUGACACUCACUGCUGUGGGAGAGAGCCAUUCUCUGACUGUACGGGCCCCUAUCUGUUGUCCUAACCCAGAAGCAGCCCUGGGCUGCCAGUGUGGUGGACUGUAUACCAAAGAAACUCCAUGCCAGGGACGAAAGCAGUGCCAGCCCGCUGGAGUCUCCCGAGGCAGCAGUCAGAAUGAGGGAAGGGGCUGGCCAGUUGGCGCAGGUGUUUAGAGCACGGUGCUGUAGCAUGAAGGUCAAGGGCUCAGAGCACCAGACCGGCCAGCCGCCAAAAAAAAUAGAGAGGAGGGUUCGCUGGUCACUGUUUGCUGACGUCAGUCUCUGCUGAGCUCAGGCCUGAGAUCAGAGGCAUCUGCAGAGCCGCAUGGCCCUUGAGACACGUCCUUGCACAUUGAGGUUCUUCGUCAGAGCCCGCUUGGCCUGAAAGCAGAGGUAGCCACUAGCCCCAGAGCCCAUUCUGCUUUCAGACUGGCUGCACUGGAAAGGAAGGUUGGGGUGGGAGGCAUUUUACCUGCACAGAGUCAGACCCUGCCCGUCCCUCAUUGCUGACCGCAUCUCCAUGCCAGACCUCAGUCGCAUCAAUACCCGUUCCCUGAGGUGCUGGGCUGGGCCACAGCUGGGAUUAUGUGGGUACUAAUCUGUCCCACCCUGAGCCUCAUGCCCCCACACCAGUGACACAGCAACCUUCUCUCCGUGGUGGCUGUUGACAGCAUAAUGUUCUGCUUAGCCUCAAACUGAAAGCAUUGCAACUGAUGUCAAAACAGGACAAGGUUACAGGAAUGAUGGCUGGGUGAAAACCUUUGCCUCUUUGAAUAAAAAGCUCUUUGCUCA